GGUGCGAGGGAGGAGCUGGAGAGCAUGAGCGCAGAGAGGAACGGGUGGGUAGUAGAAGGAGGAGGACGCUAAUAAGAAGUAAAAGGGAGAGAGUGAUGCUGUUGCUAGGGAACAGUGAAAAUGAGCCGUCCAUCUUUAGGAGCAUUAACAGAGACAGGGUUCUGUUCAGUUAGCCUGGGAAAUUAAACCCUGUGUUAUUACAAAGUGAGGGGUUUUUAUUUUCUGGUUAUGUAGAGAGGGAGAAUCUCAGAGCAGCAGGACAGACAGCGGAGGGCACAGGUGACAUUACGUAAUCGUCACAUCAGCGCUUGGUGGUUGCCGGUGUGACUGUAACCUGACAUGUUAACCACAAUGGCGAUGAAGAGCUUAGACAGAGAGCCAUGCUGCAGGAGGCACAGGAGGCAAAGAACAUCUGGAUUCAACUCUUCUGGAUGAAAACGGCAGUGUGUAGAUGCUGAAUAGAGAAGUGCAUUGGGAAGCAGACAGGAUAGACACAGCACACAGACACUCACACACAGACACACACACACACACACACACACACGAAUCUAGCCACACCAGACUGUCUGUCCAGUGCAGGAGAGAGAUUGAAGGAAAAAGGAAGAGAAACAGCGCAUGUGACUUCCUUUUCUUACACAAGUGGAGCACUAUGGAUUUAAGCAUGGCAAAAAAACAAGUCCAGGCCUGAGCAAGGGAAUACACACACACACACACACACACACACACACACACACACACACAGAACAACAGAGAACACACAGAGCGAGGAGUAUUUCUGGUGUGACUGUCCUUCGUACAGUGUGACCUGUCUGAGCCUCGGGACAGGAGGAUGGGGACGACAGAAGCCACUCUCCGCAUGGAGAACUUGGAGGUGAAGGAUGAGUGGCAGGAUGAAGAUUUCCCACGGCCUUUGCCAGAAGAUGGAGACCUUGAUGGACUUACUGACAAUCGCACGUCUCCCCCUGGAUCUUUGCAUGGAGGUCAUGGAGGCUCAGCAGCUCAGAGUAAACGCAGGACGCUCAUUGCACCAGACAUAAAUCUGUCAUUGGACCGGAGCGAAGGGUCCCUUCUGUCCGAUGACAUCCUGGACACUCCGGAUGAUCUGGACCUUAAUGUAGAAGACAUGGACACACCAGAUGAAACAGACUCAUUAGAGUUCAUCACCAGUGGAAAUGAGUUGGAGUGGGAAGAUGACGCCCUUGUGGCACAAGCUAAAGUUGGUCCAGGUGACGGAUCGGGUCAGGGGGGUGAGGAGGGAGAUGGGACUGCUCGACUAUGGAGGACUGUGAUCAUUGGAGACAAAGAGCACCGCAUAGACAUGCAGGUCAUCCGACCAUACCUGCGCGUGGUCACUCAUGGAGGUUAUUAUGGCGAGGGUCUGAAUGCCAUCAUUGUGUUUGCUGCCUGCUACCUCCCGGACAGCGGCUGUGCCGACUACCAUUACAUCAUGGAGAACCUCUUCCUGUACGUGAUCAGCAGUUUGGAGUUACUUGUAGCUGAGGACUAUAUGAUCAUAUACCUGAAUGGAGCAACUCCACGCAGGAGGAUGCCUGGCAUCAGUUGGCUCAAGAGGUGCUACCAGAUGAUCGAUAGAAGGUUAAGGAAGAAUCUCAAGUGUCUGAUAAUUGCACACCCGUCCUGGUUUAUUCGGACCGUUCUGGCCAUCUCACGCCCUUUCAUUAGAAUCAAACUACACUCUCUUGCCAGUGUGAAGUUCCUGGAUAAGGUUCGCUAUGUGCAGAGUUUGGAGGAGUUGGCUCAGAUCGUCCCUAUGGAGCAUGUGCAGAUCCCUGAGUGUGUGCUGCAAUAUGAUGAGGAGCGUCUCAAGACCCAGACGGAAAGGCCUCCUGAAGACCCGAGACAGAGUGACAAAUCAGAUUCAGACAGUGUCAUUUCGCAGGCCCAGGUCGGUGGCUGCGGAGGCUUGUCCAUGACUGUAGCUCCACCCUGAACGUCCGAGCUACCCUGGGCGCUGGUGGAAGCACGUUACAUAAGGUACAUCUGCUGCCCUCUUCAGCGCACCUAGUCCUCCCGGUCUGAUCAAUGCUAUUUUUACUGGCACACGGGUUACUGCCAAUGCUUUAGCGAUCACACACCCAAACACACACACACGUGCACUGUCUCUAUUUUUUUCCACGCUCUGUUUGGUGAUUUAUCUUUUCUUUUUAAAUGCCCUUCGUGCCACACACACCUGAUCAGCACACUGCUAUAUAAAUCACACUCUUGUCAGGAGACAGAAGCUGCUAUUGUAACUUAGUCUAAUGUCCCUGUGACUUGAAAUGUAAAAGGGCAUGUUAUUAGGGCAGGUCACCUCUCUGACAAACAGACGCAGUGUAUCAGAAAAGCUCGGGCAGAAAUGGAUCAGUAAUUACGAGCGAUUAGCUCUGAUCGAUUAAUGACAACUAAAUCAGGCUUUUAAGAUGAUUUGAGCGUGAUAUUCUUUGACAAACAGUGAUUGAAUUAAAGGUGCAGUCUGUGAUUUUAGCAAAAAUGGUCUGUAUCCAGCAGCUAAUAAAUACAGUGCAAUAUGGUGUGGCGUCGGACACGUGUGCGGCCUAAACCAGAACACUUCAAUGUGUUUUGUUUAGAUGUUCCAAAUAUAUAUAUAUAUAUAUAUAUUUUCUUCCUCUCUCAUUUACAGAAUCUGCAUGAAUAUACUUCUGCAUACAGAGAAACUUUGUGAAGAUGUUUGUGAUAAUUCUGUCGUUAACCUGUUUAUAGCAAAGGACAAAGAGCCGUGCAAGUUUUCUUCCUGGAACAUCAACAUCCCUGUAUGUUUUCUACAAAUCAUCAUCCAUCUGGCUGAAAAGGAGCUGUUGAGAGACUUUAUAUGCUUUCAGUGGCCAGUUUAAUAGGAACAACUGUGCGCUUGUGUGAUUGCGUGGCAGCAGCAGAAGACUGGAAAGGCGACUGUGACCUCAUUCGUUCCUGUUCUUGGCUGACAGGAGUGAAAGCCAAUGUCUUCUGCUGUUAUAACCUCAUUGUUCAAUAUAUUGAGAAUUCUGAUAUGCUUUUUUUUAUAUAUAGUGGCUGGCUUUUCUUAGACCUGUCUAAAACCAGUCUGGUCAUCUCUCUUCCCAACAGUAAGGUGUUUUGCACUGUAGCAGAACUACUUUGCACUACUUUGGGUGUUUUUUUUCCCCCUACACCAGUCUGUCCAUCCUGUCCGGCACCAAAAUCACCACCAAAGUCAAAGAGAUCACAUUUUAUCUCAUUCUGAUGUGUAAUAGUCUGACUGCAUUAUUAUUCUUUUUUUUUUUUUUAACCA